CAAAAUGCCGAAUCCGGAAAAGGGUUCAAGGUAAGGUUCUGACUUGGCAACGCCGUCUCAUCUUCACCAAGUGUCUCUGCCCCACCUAGCAAAAGACGCCCGUCCGAAACUCGGCGGACGAACCGGACGUGCACUCACUCAUCCUCCAACUUUCAACAACACUCACUUCCACUUCUCGUCCGUCCGAAAAGUACACAACCCACACACAUAACCAAUGUCUCCCAGUCUCAAUCUCACAUGAUGGCCGGCGACGAGCGAGGUACCAUCACCGUCCGCACCGCUGCCUCGGAACGGCGAGCUGCAGCCGCCAAGCGCCGCUUCGUCCGCAGGGGCACCAAGAGCUGCUGGGAAUGCCGGAGACGCAAGAUUCGUUGCAUCUUUGACGAUAACGGACUUCGGGAUACGUGUAAAACGUGUUGGCAGAAGGGAACGCCUUGUGUAAGUCAAGAGUUCCCCGAAGAGGAUGCCCAGACAGCUCCGGCUCCGGUGGGCAGCCUCGGGGACCGGCUGAAUCGGGUUGAGCGACUGGUCGAGCAGUUAUACCACCGAGUGGAUGAUCUUGAUGUCCCCAUGCCUAGUUCUCCGCAGGAGAAGAUAGGAGGGAGCUGUAGCCCUGGAGGUGAAGAAUCGGCCGCCAUAGGCCCGGCCACUGAAGCGGGUUCUGAAGCCGUCGGCAGCCCUUCACCGACUCGGAAUGCAGACUCAUCAACGAUUCAAUCGCAACAGGAGAACAACGAUGCACAAUCAAUUGAAGGCUCAUCACGACCGCAAGUCACCACUCACUAUGAGACCACCGCGACAGUUCGCCCAACAGUCAAUGCCAAGCUCACGGCCUACACCAGGCAGCUCUCCGCUGCCAUUCCCGCCCUAGAAGAUUGCCGGGUCAUUUACAAGCUCUACUCUGAAGCUGACAUCGUCUUUCAGCUGAUGUUUACACCCCACUGCCUUUUGGAGAAGCUUAAGCCAGAGUCUGUCGAGCACUUUAUGGAAUCACUCAGAACACCAAUGCACCCCACCCUCCUGGCCAAAAAGAUGCUCAUGUUGGGCACGAUGCUUCAACGAGUUCCGACUCAUGCCGGAGAGAUUGCGUCCGAAGAAACCUAUCGCAUCGUUGACAGGCUGGCAGAAACAGCUAUUUCUGUGGUGUGCGAGAACAACGUACUAUUGGGCACGCUCGACGGUCUCGAAUGUCUCAUUUUGCAAACUGUUUAUCAUGCCAACGGAGGCAAUCCCAGAUUAUCACUGUUGACCUGCCGUCGCGCGAUAACUGUUGCUCAAUUGAUGGGGCUUCACCGCCCACACGACCCGGCCACUAUUGAGACUGUAGAUUCGAAUUCGACGGCUGUACCUGGCUUCGUGUGGUUUCGUCUGGUAUACCUGGAGCGCUUCAUCUGCCUACUUCUAGGACUUCCCAGCAGCACCCACGAUGCAAAAGUCGUUAAUGACGAGAAGACGCAGAUGUACGUCAACAGCCACCACAUUGACAGACUCGAACAAGUUCAUUCCGCCAUCGCCGCCAAGAUCAUCCAACGAAAUGAGUCGGGGUCAUACUUAUUCGACAUGGAUACUACUCACGCACUGGACCAAGAGCUUCAAGUAAUCGCCACGACGAUGCCGUCGCGCUGGUGGACGAUUCCAAACUUCACCAAGCGGCACAAGGACCCUAUGCCGAUCGUCCGCAACAGCCUCAAUCUCGCCAACCAGCUCUUUCACUUCUUCCUUAUCAUCGAGCUCCACCUCCCCUUCAUGCUCCGCCACUCCAAGAACGGCGCAGCCAGCAGCAGCAGAAUGGCCUGCGUUGACGCGAGCAGAGAAGUUCUUUCUAGGUUCAUCGCGAUCCGUAAUCCGGAAGGGAUAUGUAGCAUCCCCGAUGCCGCCGACUUCUUUGCCCUCAUCGCUGCUAUGACGCUUAUGCUCGCACACAUUGACGCCCGAAGGCGCGAUAGGGGGAAGGAUAUCCUCGCGCACCAGAGGCACACGGACCGCGACAAGGUCGAGCAGACGUUGGAGCAUAUGCGUGACGGGAGCUCCAAGAACACGGAUAUGCUGUCAAUGAAGAGCGCAGAUGUCUUGAAGAGCCUGCUUGCGAUCGAGGCUGAUGCUGCCGGGGGUUCGACGUUUACUGCGAGUUUAAGUUCGGCGCCGACCCCAGCUUCGGCUUCAUGUGGUGGUGCGGGCGAUGAGCGGAGCACAGGUGAUGCUAGGAAUGUGCUGCAGCUCAAGAUUCCGUGUUAUGGUACCGUCAUUAUCUCUCCAGAUGCUCCCCCUUCUCGGGAGCCUUGGAUGCCUGUCAGCCGUGCUCAGCACGGAAUGGUUCCGGAAAGCCGUAUUCCGGGAAACCUCAAUGUCGCGACUCCCUUUGUCGGAGGUCCUCCAGCAGGGUUGUGCCCAGGUGAAGAGGCUGCUUUCAUCCCAAACUCGAGUGGCCAGGGUGGUGAGAACUUACAGCUCGACCCCGAUGUGGAUCCAAGAUGGCUCUUCGAACUCGGGAAUCCUAGGCUACUGGGCAAUGGAAUUGCCGCUGGUCUGGAGGAUUGGCCUUUUCAGGGAGUUGAUGCGGCCUUCUUUGACAGCAUGAUCAGAGGUUUCGAAGGCGGCGAUGAGUUUAGCGGAGGAAGCGUACCGUAAUCCCAUUACCAUUUUACUUCACGUGAAGUAGGAAUAGGAUACGAGGCAAGUGAAUCGACUGACGAAA